GUCAUUUUACGAGUAAUUGUUAUGGGAAAUAUACUGAAGUGGUUUAAAAAAAGUGAACAAAGUGAAAACAGUGAUGAAGAUUCAACAGAUGAUUCCGAUUCUGAAGGUUUAUGUGUGGAUGGACCAGUACACCGACCUAACAAGAAAUUUCUAGCGAAAGAAGACGCACUAAAAAAUAAUCCAGAAACAUUAAAACAAUUCGCAUUUCAUUUUUGUAAUAUUGCAAGAAUUACACAGGGAAUAGUAACUAGGAAAGCACUUGAUCCUACCUCUAAAGACUUUCGAAACAUAUCACAACUGUUCACACAUAAUAACAAGAAAUGUUUCAAGAUAACAAAAAUCGAAACAGUUUUAAAUCCAUUUUUGCUUGUGCAGUAUAAUAUGAAAAAAAGGGUAUACAAGAUAAAAGAAGUUCCAGUGAAAGAGACAAUAUUAUUUCAUGGUGUUCGAAAGAGCAAUAUUGAUAGUAUUUGUAAAAGUAAUUUUAAUUGGAGAUUGUAUGGUACAAAUGAAGGUCACAAAUUCGGUAAAGGCGUAAGUUUUUCUUCUUCUGCAUUUUAUGCAUCAAAUUAUAGCGAUACUGGCUUUGAAAAAGUAAUGAUUGCUGUGAAUGUACUAAUAGGAAAAUGUUGUGUUGGAAAUGAAAAUACAGAAAUUCCACCUGUUGGAUUUGACACCACUACAAAUGAAACGCUAAAUGUUUACAUAAAAUACGAAGAUAAUGAGUUCUACCCUAAAUAUAUUAUUCAUUAUACAGGAAUAGAUAAAGAACAGGAAAGCAGAAUGAAUGAAAAAAAUGAAAGAAAAGAAUUUACUUCACAACGCCCUUUAACUUUGGCCGAUUAUUUUAACAUUCCAAAACUGAAAUAGGUUCCAUAAUGUUUUUAUCAAAAAUUGUAGAAAAUAGAUAUGUAUUAAUAAAGAAAACAAUAUAAACUACCAAAAU